UGCAUUGCAGCCCUGUGUAGUUGUCAUGUAGUAAAAGCAAUCCAAUUUUCUGGAAAUUUUGUAAACAAAUGGACGAUUUGAAAAUAAUAUUAGAAUUCAGCGCUGGAGCGGAACUUCUAUUUGGCAACAUCAAGCGCCGUCAGCUCUCCCUGGACGGCCAUCAAAAAUGGACCAUUGCCAAUUUGCUGAAGUGGAUGCAUGCCAACAUAUUGACGGAGCGACCCGAACUCUUCCUGCAAGGUGACACUGUACGACCCGGCAUCUUGGUUCUGAUCAAUGACACUGACUGGGAGCUACUGGGCGAACUUGACUACGAGCUGCAAGCAAACGACAAUGUGCUCUUUAUAUCGACGCUGCACGGCGGCUAACAGACUUUAAUCUCAACGCAGUUGAUUAUUAAUAAGCUAAAAGUAUAUUUUUCAUAUAGAAGCUUUAUAAAUAAAAACAAAAUACAAAAUAGAAACAA